CAUAAUAGCAAGGAGUGAGUAAUCCGUGGAGAAUAUUAGGAUUGAAAAGAAGAGGGAAAUAGCAGCGCUGGAAGUGUGACUAAAAGCAGCGGUGCGUUAACACUUCGCCGCCACCUGAGAUGGAUCCGCCAUUGUUAUUAGGGUUCGAACAAGUAGCCAACGUGGUUGCAGAAUCGCCGUCGUCUUCAUCAAGCGCACGAAGAUUAGUGCCUUGGUUAAAUUGGGACGAGUGGCUCUUCGUCAAACGCGCUCUCUUCUCCAAUUCUCCUCACUCUGUUUCAUCAGCUCUCAAACGAAUAUCCACAUGGCGAAGUCGAGGUUCUUUGCCGGUUUUAAUCGAAGUCACUGCUUCCAUAAUCGAAAUUCAACUCAAAGACUCCUAUUUCAGGCAGGAUCAAUUGAAUGAAGCUUCUCUUUCAGAGGAGAUGCUUUCUAUGCUGUAUUGCAUGGCGAUCAUGAGGCUUGUGAAUUGUGCUGUUGAGAAGACGCGCAAGAAAGAAGUGGCAUCGAUUGCAGUGGCAGCUGAUGCAAUUGGUAUUCCGCGCAUGCUGAUUGAUAUUCGACAUGAGGGAUCACACCGUGAACUUCCAUCACUUAAGAUUGUUCGUAGUGCUUCUGUCAAGGCACUUGAUUGGUUAAAAUCUUAUUAUUGGGAGCCUCAGAGCAAAGCAAUUCCUUUUCAAGGUGAAGGAAUAACAGAAGUCAAGAAAGAAAUUAAGUCUAAGAUUCGUGAAUUAGCUAUCUUCUUGAAAGUCAAUGGGAGUGUCCAGUCUAGUUCUUCACAGCUAAAGGGAAAACGGGUCAAACAGGGUGAAUUGCUUUUUGGGCGAAAUAAACUAUUGUCUCUUAUGAUUGGGAAGAGUAAACCUUCACGAACUGAAGGAUCUAAGAAGCAGAUCAAGAAGAUCUUGAAAUAUAUUCUUCAAUUAUAUUCCUCCUUUUCUUCAGAGAUUGUUUCUGUGUUGUUGGAGUAUCUUUUUAAAGCUUUAAGUUCCUCAGAGUUGGAAGAGAAGGCAGACGAUGUUUCUAUUGGUCCAACUACAGAGAAGGUUUUGGCUGAUUGGAAGCUUGUCAUACUUAAACUGUGCAAUAAGGAACCAGAAUUACUUCUGAAUCUUCUUAAGGAAGUCCUUGAUAUGAUCGAGACUCGGGAAGGUAUAAAGCACGAAGAUAACCCAAAUAUGGAGAUUUUACAAUCAAGGACAGAGUUUCGGCUUUCUUCUUUGUUUGCAUGGCUUGUUGGAAUUCUCAGUAGAGUUCCUUCUGCAGCAGCAAAUGUGCCAAAAGGAGUUUUCCUUGGACUUGUUCAUAGAUGUCUUCUAAUAUCACAAUUAAUCAACAAGCAGCUCAUGGAUUCAGCAGUUCAGCUCACAGAACUGAUGGAUGACAACUACUUGAUGGAGAAAGUUAAAAGUUUCUCUCACAUUAGUUUGUGGAAUUUAGAGCAAGCAGAUGAUCAAAGCUCUUUAUUAACUUCAAAUAACAUUUUCCAAUUGGACGAAUCUAUACAUGAAGCAGCUAAACAGCUAGAGUUAUUUAAGCAUCAGGUUACGAAAAAUAAAACCCCAAAAGCGUUGGAUUGUGACACUAAAAAAUCACAGACAUGGACUCUAGCAAAAUCAUGGAACCCAUGUCCUAUUGGAAUGUUGCCCCGUGCUGUUGGGUCAUCCGGCCGUCUUCCCGUUCUUGACAUUAUCAACAAUGAAAAACAGAAUCAAGUAUCAUCUGGUUGUCUUCCCGUUGUUGACAUUAUUGACAAUGAAGAACAAGAUCUAAUAUGGGAAAAGGAAGAGAAUUGGAAAUUGACCCCACAAGGUGCAAAGAGAGAUGCCACAAUAGACCUUCUGCAACUUGAUAAUUCAACUGUUAAGAAGAUGAGAAAGACCGAAGAAUUUGGUGAAUUAAACAAUGAAUUACCACUGCAAGGGGGUAAAGGAUAUCUCAUAGUAGGCGGAGUUUGGAAGAAACUUACAGACGAGCUCCUAGUCAUUGAUUCUUCCAUUAAGAUUUUAGUUUAAUUUAUAUUUACUGCUUAGUUCUUAGCAAGAUUGAAUUCAUGAUAUGUUGGUUAUUUGUAUCCUCAUUUAUUUGUUUUAUUUUAAAAGGUAUGCCUGAAAUAUGCAAUUUCAUGAACA